UUCUCGGGCGGUACCCAAAACCAUGGGCGGCGGCGGAGACGAGCGAAAAGGAAAUCGAGGAUAAGGCGAGGGAAGAGGCAAUCAUGUCCCUCCGGCGGGCCGUCGGUUUCCUCCUCACACGGAGGUUCUCGCCGCGGGUGAUGCUACUACUCCGUGGCAUGCAUGCACUAUAAACAAUCUCCCGUGCCCAUUGGUAGCGAAACCCUAGAAUUGAAUCGAGGCACCGGUGGCGGCAGCGGCGGCGAGCGAGCGAGCGAAAAAGAAAUCGAGGAUAAGGCGAGGGAAGAGGCAAUCAUGUCCCUCCGACGGGCCGUCGGUUUCCUCCUCACACGGAGGCUCUCGUCGCGGGUGAUCCCAAGGACGGCUCCUGCACGCUCUUUCCACUCCUUGAAGGAUCUCCCCAUCGGCGGCGCUGCUGGUGUGGCCGCGGCUGCGUUUGCUGGUGUCGGAGCCUUGGCGGCAGUUCAGUAUUUCAGGAAAGGCUCAGAUGAUGAUGAGCCAGCUACUCGCAAGAAAGGGGAGUUCAUCUAUAUAUAUAAAGAGGAGGAGAUGGAAGAGUUGUUUGAGAAUUGGAUCAAGGAGUUCAACAAGACAUACCGAGACAAGAAAGAGAAGGCUAUGCGGUUCCAAGUGUUCAAGGAAACCAUGAAGUGGAUCGAAUCACAGCCCCCAUCUUCCCAUAAGUCUUUGUUUCCAGGAAACUGUUUUGCAGACUUAAAAAGCGAGGAGCUUCCGUGCAGCCAGUCCUGUAUCCAUGGUUUAGAUGACCCAAACAGCGAAGAGUACCGCGAGAACAAGUUUGUCACUGAGAAUGUGAAAGGAGAAGCAAUCAUAUGGAAGCCAGCCGUGAAGCAGGGCCACAAGCAGGCAACUCAAGUCUCUGCCUACAAACGAUAUCCGGUGCAACUUUUCUUAGCUCCUAGUGUGUCCAAUGAUCAUAAUGAUUAUUGCUGAUGGUAACUUGUUAGUCACAAAGCUGAAUUUGUUCAGGCUCCGUCCACUUGUUCAUAUCAACUUUUAAUAUUUCCCAAAUGUAACUAAAUUUGAAUAACAUAAUGGGAAAAUAGGACUGAUCCUGG